UAUAAAAUAAUAUAUAUAUAUUUAAUUUCACAAAAAUAUUUGCUUUCUCGGAUCCUUUCUCUAUAUAUAGGCAUAUAUUAUUGAUGAAAGAGGUAAUGUUUAACGAAAUGUUCCAAAAUUUUGUAGAUUGCUGAAUCCCAGAAUGGGAUGGUAAGCAACAGUCAGUCAAAGAAAGUUCAUCUCAUUUUGGUUGGUCGCAACAGCAAACUCCCUUUCUACUCCAAUCUCACCAAAUACUCCUCUUUCUUAAAAAACUAUAAAUCUAACAAAAUUGGUGCUUGAAAAUAUAUACUCCACUUUUCUAUAUAUAUUAGUGGAUUCCCAAAUCUUGUAGCGUACAUUAGUUCUAUUAUUUACCUUUUCAUAUUCAUGGAUAAGUGUAGUAGCACUCAGAAGCAUCCCAAGAUUCAGAAUGAGGCAAGCUCUCUUGAAUGGGAAUUCAUAAAGAUGACAGAGCAAGAAGAAGAUAUCAUAUGUAGAAUGCACAAGCUUGUGGGAGACAAGUGGGAGUUAAUAGCAGGAAGAAUUCCAGGCAGAAGUGCAGAAGAGAUUGAAAGAUUUUGGUUGAUGAGAAAUGGCGAUGAGAGGAAGAGGAAAGCAAAUAAUAUUGAGCGGGCCCCACCGCUACAUGUUCGAGUUUCAUCGGCCGACUAGCUCCGACGCUGCAUGUAUAAUUAAGAUGGAUAUGUCUAUUCUGUUUUAUAUUUAUUUCAAAUUUGUAAACCAAGGUUUCGUGUUGAAAUUUAGUAGAUAAGCGUCAGGAUUUGUGCUAUAUUUAGCCGCUUUCAGAGAUAUUUUAUCUAUGGUUAGUUUACUUCUAUAUAUAGUUCUAUUUUUCUAUUGUUAUCUGUAUUUGUUGUCAUUCGUAUAAUACAAAUAGUCAACAUCUUGGAUUA